CCUAUGUCACUUUACAGUUGUCUUGUCUUGUCUGUGGUUGUCACUGCAUUGUAAAACGUUCGUUUAUUGCUGUUUGCUUUGCACCUUGUAAAGUUAAAAAUGCCUGAUACACAAUACGGUGGCUCGGGCUACGGAGAUUAUUCCCAACCGCCUCCUGGAAUGGGCGGAUAUGGCGGUUCUGGAGAUGGUUACGGUUCAGGAGGUGGUGAUUAUGGACAAAACCAAGGUGGCGGUGGUUCUUGGAAUCAAGGCUCUAGAGGCUAUGGUGGUGCCCAAGGAGGUCCAACCCAAAGCUGGGGUGGUUCAGGAGAUUAUGAUAGUUACGGUGGAAGCGGAAGCGGAGGAGGUUAUGGAGGUGGAGGAGACAGAGGAAGUAGUGGAUAUGCAGGGGGUGGUGGUGGAGGAGGCCCAGGUCGAAGUUAUCUUGGACGUGAUGACAGAGGUCCCAGGGGAGGUGGUGGAGGAUAUGGUGGCUCCAACAGAGGUUCAUUUAACAAAGGAGGUGACAACAUGAUUGUACAGGAAGACACUAUAUUUGUAUCUGGUAUGAAUCCAGAGUCAACGGAGGAUGACAUUGCUCAACAUUUUGGAGCAAUUGGCGUAAUUAAGACGGAUAAAAGGUCGCAGAAGUUGAAGAUUUGGAUGUACAAAGAUAAAUUGACUGGUUUACCUAAAGGCGAAGCGACAGUGACCUACGAUGAUGCGAAUGCUGCGCAGUCGGCUAUAAGCUGGUUCGAUGGAAAAGACUUUAAAGGAUUUACUAUCAAGGUGCAACUGGCAACAAAAAAAGACACGUGGAGUGGCAGUGGAGGAGGUGGCGGUAGACGAGGUGGACCGGGAGGUGGUGGUAGUGGUGGAGGUGGAGGUUUUAGAGGUCGCGGGGGGCCGAGUGGCGGCCGAGGUGGUGGGGAUCGUGGAGACCGAGGAGGUGGUGGUGGUCGUGAUCGAGAAACUCGUGAGGGUGAUUGGCGGUGUCCGAACGGAGAUUGCAGUAACACUAACUUCGCAUGGCGUAAGGAGUGUAAUAGGUGUGGAGCACCGAAGCCCGAAGGAGCCUUAAUCGAAAGUAGUGGUGGAAGACGUGGAGGCGGUCCGGAUCGCGGAGGAGAUCGAAGAAGUGGCGGUGGUUUUCGAGAUGAUCGUGGGAAUGGAGGUAGACCGGGAGGAGGAAGACCUGGAGGUGGCAGACCUCCCAUGGGUGGUGGUAGAGGCGGUGGAGGACCACCUAGACGAGGCGGGGGUUUCGGAGGUGGACGUGGGGGUGGUCGCGAUGGACCACCAUCCAAUAGACCCCGACCAUAUUAAUUUAAGUUUUCUAGUUUUACUUAUAUAAUUUAACAUAGACAAGGCAUAGAUCAUAUCUCCUAUAUUCACAUGCACAUAGGCAUAUACAUAUAGAUGGAUAGUUUGUAAAACACUAUUUUAAAAUUUCAUUUAGUUUUAGUGACCUCUGUUUCGUUGCAGUUAUCCGUUGGUUUAGUCAAUUGGGAAAGUUAAUUUGAUAUUUUUUCGAGAUGACUGGAUGAAUUCGACUGUAUGUAGAAUAGAUAAUGUUUAUGAUUUAUUAAAAUGACUUUGACUGAUUGCAUUGAUCGACAAAAACGAAGAAAGGUUUGUGUAUGCAGUUAAGAAAAUAAAAUACUGUAAAAGGA